AUGGACAGUUUCAGUCUGAUUCGGGAUCUGUCGGCGAGAGCACGUGUGGAAAAGUGAGUGAACCCCAUAACGGCCUAGCUGUUGUACUUUUGAAAGUGUCACCAUGUGACGCCACGCGCGCGCCCCCUUAGAAUGUUGCAUUUGGCCCUCGGAGCAGUUAACCGGCGCUUUUGAUCACCGCUUUUUUUUUUGUUUUUUUUUUCAACGAAUCUCGCUAGCUGAAAGAUGAAGAAACAUUAAAAUCGGCGUGUGUGAAGUGUUUACAUAGAGGGUCAUUAUGUGUUUAUCUCGUGUGGAAGUAGAAUCUAGCAGUGUAAACUUGGAAUGAAAUAAUCCCAAAGGUUUCGGUUCAUUUGCCUAGUAAGUAGCCCCGAAAAUGUGUAGCGGACAAGUUCAACUAGUGAUUUCAAAUAUUAACAGCGGUCAGCCGGUCCUGUCGGUCGGCAGGACCCAGAAAUGGGACAGUGAUGUGUAAAUAUUGCCGUUAGUGUUGCUUUAGGGAUGGUGCGCUAUCGGUAAGCCAACCAAAAAGAACGGAUAUGUUUGAAAGGAAGUGCUGAGGGUCGCAAAAACGUGUGCUGCAGCCUCCGGUCGUGGUUGCUUCGGCAGUGGCUUUGAAUGUAUAUGAAUGUUUGAUAUUGGCAAAGAAAAGUUUAUUUCAUGCGGUGGUAAUUUUAGAACGAUGUUUUCUUUCGAAGCUUGAAAAGGAUUUACAGAAUGCUGGUUCGACUCAUGGUUGAAAAACCGAACGAGAAGGGAAUGGGAAGUGAAACCCAAUCUUCUUCACUACUGAGACUAUCCAUUUUGACACCUCGCGCUGAGCCGCGGAUAAUCAUAAUUAUUCUUCCGAGCUUUAGAGUGUCUGCAAAUUGGCUUCGUGCGCUUCAUCCGAUGGUUUAUUUAUGAACGCUGCUUUCUGUGUGAGUGCUUCCGCUAAAGUGAAACGCGGAUGGGGUGACGAAAAUUAACGACCACCAACCAACGGGGAGAAUUUGGAAUCGUUCGCACCGAGUUAACGUAGAUCUCGUAUCUCUGGUUUCAACCGUGGUGCGUACAGUUCAGUUCGAACAGGCGAAAUAAAGAUAACAUUCCUGCGGACCACCACUCCGGGUUUCGGCAACCCACGACGGCAAAAGGAAAAGAAUGUGUCACUUUCAUGUCCGCAGUCAGGAAACGGAGCUGGCGAGAAGGAAUAACCAAAGCUAAGCGGCCAAGAAACGCUAGGAAGCUACAUCUCUCCAAAGGUUCGUUCGUCGGUUCAUUCAUCCGCUUCCCGUUCCCGUGUUUGGAAGUGCGAGGUGGUGAGUGGUUGUGUGACCGGGGUGCGUUUCUGUUGCUGUUGCAGUAUUUGUCGCCUCGGAAUGGGAACCAUCCGCUUUUAUUACCCGACCUUCACCAGUCACCGUAUCACCACGUCGCCGUCACCAUACGCCCCGAUAGAUUCGUUCGUGCCUGAGCAUACCGAGGCCAACCCUUGGGGAUUUUGAUCCUGACACGAUUCGAGGUUCGCUCGGCCAAAAAAGGAACAUUACCAUCGUCGUUGCGUGUCAUGCAUUUUCGGGGAGGCAUAAUGUGAUUGGAAUUGUGUUGGGCCAUCCCUCUCGGAUGAGCAAUCCUAUUUCGGGUUGAUAAACGAGUUAGACAUGUGCGGAAAAAUGGUGCUGAAUGAGUGUUGAUUAAAUUAAAAAAAGGGACGAAUAGCUGCAAACAACCAAGCGUUUCCUUCGUACCGAAACUCUGUCAUCAAUUAUUCCGAAGGAGACGGAUGGUGGUUUUCACGUGCUAACGUUUGCUGCGUGUUUCAGGACAACCCCAGCCGUUUGUGAACGGAACGACAUUCCGACUUCGUUGAACAGCUUAUUUCGGGACCUCGCAUUAAGCGGAAGAACAACGGCAAAAGUGCAAGUAAAGUAAAUCAAGCCGCCGGGUAGAAGGCCAAAAAUGUAAUAAAGUUAAAGCAAAGACCCGCCGUAAAGUGAACAGAAAAGUGCCAAUGUGAUAUUGUUUCUAGCCUGUUGGAGCCAGACGAGGCAGAGCUCACGCGAAGGGCUCGUUGAAAGUGAAUUAAGAAGCAUAUAGUGAGAAAAAAAAUAUUUGUUCGAUAUUCGAGCCGGAGCUCGAACUUUUGCGGGAGGGGACGCAGUGUUAAAGUGCGGAAAAAUCCAAAUUCCUGACGCCAGCAGUCAGCAGCAGCAAAUUCACCGAAAGAAGGCACACUACUUAUAGUGAGUUCGCUUCCGGAAAGGCAGUGCCACUAGCAUGAGAAAAAAGAAACGGAUGAAACUGGCGCGAAAUGUUCGAAGCCAUGAUGAGAAAGAAGACGAUGUGGUGCUCAAUGCUCGGCCAUAAACCAUGCUGUUCGCUGUUAGUGUAAGAUGAUUUUUUGUGCGAUAGGAAAAACGUGGCCCAAGUGCAGAGCAAGUGUUGACACGCCCCGGUAAGCCUCCAGAGCGGCGGAAUAAAUUCCAGUCCAAAGCGCCAACACACCGACAAGUUUCACCGGCGUGUCCUCAGCAGCGCCUGCCGGAUGCGGAUGUAAUACUCCUCGCGCAGUGGGCGAACACUGGGCGAACGAUUCGCUCGGUUUGCAGCCAGAGCCGAGGACAAAACCGAAUGCAAUAAUUUGUGAGGAAGAUGAGUGAAGAAAUGUGUAAAUAGCUGUGGAAUGGAAAUUCACUUGCGGAAAAUUAGGUUUCAUUGAAACGAGAAAGACUUUCACCGUGAUGAUAAAAGCGACUUUGCGUAUUAAACUGCACCACCCUGUCAGCAUGAGUUGGCUGACGAAAAUGAGCUGAGAGCUAGCCAUCAUACCCUAGAUAGUGAUCAUUUUGUUAGAUAGACGAGCCGGUGUAAACCGUCAAGACAGCCCUCCCUGCGAUACAACAGUAUCAUUACAAUUCCUAUCAAAAUGAACAACAUGGAUUCCGACCACCGAGUGGUGCUAAAUGUCGGUGGCAUCCGUCACGAGACAUACAAGGCGACACUGAAGAAAAUUCCAGCGACUCGGCUGUCCCGGCUGACCGAGGCGCUGGCCAAUUACGAUCCCAUCCUCAACGAGUAUUUCUUCGACCGACAUCCGGGUGUGUUCGCACAGGUGCUCAACUACUACAGAACCGGCAAGCUGCACUACCCAACGGAUGUCUGCGGUCCGCUGUUCGAGGAAGAGUUGGAAUUCUGGGGCCUCGACUCGAACCAGGUGGAACCGUGCUGCUGGAUGACGUAUACUCAGCAUCGGGACACCCAGGAAACGCUGGCGGUUCUCGAGCGGUUGGAUCUGGACACCGAGAAGCCCACAGAGGAAGAGUUGGCCCGGAAGUUUGGCUACGAGGAUGAUUACUGCAAGGGAACGGUUUCCUGGUGGCAGCACAUGAAGCCCCAGAUCUGGGCACUGUUUGACGAACCGUACAGCUCGUAUGCUGCCAAGAUAAUUGGGGUGAUAUCGGUGUUCUUCAUCUGCGUGUCGAUCCUGUCGUUCUGUCUGAAAACCCAUCCGGAUAUGCGCGUGCCGGUGAUACGGAACGUGACGGUCCGAACGGCGAACGGAAGUACAUCCUGGGUGCUGGACAAAAGUCACACCAAUGCGCACGUUGCCUUUUUCUACAUCGAAUGUGUGUGUAAUGCUUGGUUCACGCUAGAAAUUAUGGUUCGGUUCAUUUCAUCGCCGCACAAGUGCGAGUUUAUCACUUCAUCUGUAAAUAUUAUCGACUACAUCGCAACACUCAGCUUCUACGUGGAUUUGGUGCUGCAGAAGUUCGCCUCACAUCUCGAAAACGCCGACAUCCUGGAGUUCUUCUCCAUCAUUCGCAUCAUGCGACUGUUCAAACUGACACGGCACUCGUCCGGGCUGAAAAUCCUGAUCCAGACAUUUCGCGCCUCGGCCAAGGAGCUAACGUUGCUCGUGUUUUUUCUCGUGUUAGGUAUAGUCAUAUUCGCCAGCUUAGUGUACUAUGCGGAACGGAUCCAGGCAAAUCCGCACAACGACUUCAACAGCAUCCCCUUGGGGCUGUGGUGGGCCCUGGUCACGAUGACCACUGUGGGCUACGGUGACAUGGCACCAAAAACCUACAUCGGGAUGUUCGUGGGAGCGUUGUGUGCAUUGGCUGGCGUGCUGACGAUUGCCCUUCCGGUGCCGGUCAUCGUGAGCAACUUUGCCAUGUACUACUCGCACACGCAGGCGAGAGCUAAGCUGCCCAAAAAGCGCAGACGAGUGCUGCCUGUCGAACAGCUGCGGGCCCCAAGAGUGGCAGGACAACCGGGAGGCAUGGGAAUGCCAGGCUCGGGUCAAAUGGCUCGUCGCACGAACCAGGCGAAAACGAAGGAUCUCGGCCCCAAAAUAGGUCCCAUCGGGGCGAGCAUCGUGGCCAUGUGUCCCAAAAACGUCGGUCUGCACACAAAUCCUGCCCUGGCCAUGUGCAAGCCAACGUUCGACGUUCGUCCUCCGGCGAUCAUAACGGCCGGCACCAACAGCACCAUGGCAAACUCCGGGGGUCCACAGAUACUCCUGCCACGUGACGCCAGCGGAAAGCUGAACAACAAUAACAACAACAGCAGCACUGUCAACGCGAAUGGUAACGCUGCCCUUAACACCGUUACCGCGAACAACACCAACUCAUAGGAAAGUGCACAUGAUCUGUGAGGAAGCCAACAGAAAAAAAAUGUAUUUUACGCUAGAUAGCUAAGUCUAAACUGGAUGUGUAGAUUUUUAACGCUUAGCUUUUUACAAUGGAGACGUUGUCGUUAGCUUUCUGUAAAUAUAAAUAGUUGUAAAUAUUUUUAAAAACUUUAAUCUCUGCAUCAUGUUUUCACUUCGCUGAACCAGUUUGUAUGCGCAGAAUAAAACAAUGAAUCAUCGAAUACAUGGUUUACUGAAAACCUGAAAACCUAACCGAACUCGCUACUCACAACAAAAACAUAUUCUUAUGGCAGCUCAAUUAGAGUUUAAUCAAACAAAUAAUCGUUAUUCUGUUCGGGUCCAUGGAAAGGCCGGAAGCCCAACUCAAGACCUAACCUAAUUGCCACUGACUUCGUACGUUCGCUUUGAAGACAAAAGUACAAAACAUUCAUCCACCAAAUGAGUCUAUCCGAUCAGAACACGGCUUUCAUUCCCAGGUUUCCCAUUGAAUCAUUAAUUUUUACGGGUCUAGUAGAUUACUCCGGGUACCGGUUUCGCGAGGCGCAUAUCACAUCCACACACACAUAUGAAAAGGACCAAAACAGUCGGACUUUGUAUUUCUGAUAUUUUUACUAGCUAAGAUUAGGCGGUGGAAACCCAGCAGCUUGUGUGCGCGAUUCUCCAUAGGGGAAAAACUUUGGUUUGUACAUUGGACGUUAUUUUGAAACACAUCGUUUUCGAAAAUCGAAGAAAAAAGCAUUCAAUGUGAUAUAAGUAGAAUAACUGAGCAAAACGAAAGCUAUGUUGUUUGGAUCAACAAUAACAACAAAAUAUCAGCACUCUGAACAAAGUUAAAGCUAAGAGAAUAAAGCAGCAAAACAACAAACACAAGUUUGUUCUUCAAAUUUUAACGUGUUAGUCCAGAAUAAAAAGCUAUCGCAGAAGUAAAUGGAAAUAAACGAACGAGGAGAGAUGAUAUACUUACACUAGCUUAAGUGCUUCACAGCGUAAUAUUUCUUGAUCUGAUGGUAUGAGAAUCAAAACGGAGAGAUUCAGGUCAACCGAUUGCACCGUUUGAUAAUUUUUCCAGUUAAAAAUAAACCACUUUUAUUUUGAAAAGUCUA